UCCCGGGAUCCCGCCGGGAUCCGCACCCCCCCAGCCCGCUGCCUCCUCCCUGCGUGAAGCCCAGCGUGUCCUCGAGCCUCGGAUGCGGUCGAGGGGGUGGGGGGACGGGACGACGACACAAAACGGCACCCGCCUCGGGAGCCCCAUCUGUGCCUCAGUUUCCCUGUCAAGCUUUCCCCGUGGGGUUCAGAGCCCCCCACCGAAAAGCGGGGGACAAGCGGGUGCAAACGCGCUCGGGAGAGCCCCCUCCGCCCUUGGUGCGGGAAGGGAUGGGGAGCCCGAGCAUGGCGAAUCGGGAGCCCCAACUCCCAACCCCGCCCCACAGCAUAAACACGGGGAUCCCCAGCCCAGUGGGAAUGGGGGCCGUGGGAAUGGGGAUCCCGGGUGGGAGAGGAGGACACUACCAGAGCCGCCAGACCCCCAGGAUCAGGGUGUGGAACUCCCGCUCUGGCUUCACCCUGCUGCAGGUCCCAAGUGUCACCCCAGCCUGCACAGGUCCCACCGGCACGGAUGCAGGUCCGGGGAUCCGUCAAUAAAUCAGGAGUGGCAUUCCUUGGAUGAGAACAUCACAGCAGUCAGAUGGACACACACAGCCUCAGAACCCAGCCCUGGAGCUGCUGGGGAAUAACUGUAGGUGCCAAGGAGAGGCAGCAGUGUGGGCUUCCCGCAUUUCCAUCCAUCCUGUAGUUUUCCCUUGUUCCCGGCCUGGAGUGGAUCAAUCGAGUGCUGUGCCUCCUGUCUCUUCCUGGGAACCUAGGGAGCAGCCACGCCGCAUCCCAUCUGGAGGGUGUCUGAUGGCAUCAAUGGGAAUAAAGUUCAUGCAGGCAAGUAAAUAUUAACCUUUAUUCCAUGGUAGUGGAAUAUUCCACACCAAAGACACUGAGAUAAACCCCACUCCAGCUUUUCCCUGGGAGGUGCUAGCAGCAAAUGGUAUCAAACUCCCAAAGUUGAAGAUUUUGGGGGGUUAAGGCACCAAGAUGACCCUUCACACCCUGCGUAACCCUGAAAUCCCAUUUCUCUCCAUCCCUAGCAAUUGCAGCAGCCUGCCCUCAGAGCAGCAUCUGUGGGCAUUCUGGAGCAUCCCUGUCCUCCAGGGAAGGAGGGGACACAGUGGCCAGUGCAGGUGGCACAUGGGGCUGGGGUCCUGCCCAUGGAACAGAGAUGACUGAGACUCAGCUGAGCUUGGGGACAUGGCCACUAAGGGACCUGCUGGAUCCCUGAAUGAAUUGGGUGUUAUUACCCUGGAGCUGCUAAUCCGAGGUACACUGACAGCUCUAAAUCCCACCAGAAAUCAAUCCCUCUGCUCUUCCGCUCUGCACUAAUCCCCACAAUAGCACCCAAUCAAUAUCCCAUUUACUGCUCUGUAGUUUCCCCAUGCAUAAAUCCCACUCAUCACCCAGGAUGCAGCUGCAGUGCCCAAGUGGGGCAGGCAAUAUGGCAGGGCAGAGAAUGCUGUGGGACAGGGAA